AUGGCGAUAUCCUCCAGCUUGGCCACCCUGUCGGCCUUUCCUUUUCUCACCCUCGAGGAAUUCUGGAGCGCCUGUUGCGCUUUGUCGAGUCGACUUGAUGGAAUCGCCGACCCUGCCCGUCUGGGCUACUCCUCCAUCAGGCUUAUGCAGCAGGUGGCGGUCUCAAAUUCUCCCGGACUCUUCAAGACACCAGUGCUGAACAGACGAACAAUGUUCUACCAGGAAUAA